AUGAUCACGGAAGGAGAAGAUAUGAAAAAUGAAAUUGUCAGACUUCAGAAAGAAAAUCUACAGAAAGAUGUUUAUAUACAAAGACUCAAACGAACUUCUACGAGCUUUGAAGAAGACGUGUUUUCUGCAGAACAAAAUUUUGUUAAAAAAUUAGAUGACCAAAAACAUAUUAUAACAGAUCUAAAUAAGGAAAUCAUAGGGCAAACUGAAAUUAAUAGAAACUUAGUGAAGAAGGUCGAUCUAUUGUCAUCUGAUCAAAUUCUUUUACGAAAAGAGAUUCACAAUUUGGAAUCUAGUAAUCAAAAACUUAAGAUAUCCAUUGAAAGUAUCACUCAGGAAAAUGAACUUUAUAUAACUGAACUCAGUAAACUAAGAAAGGAAAAUGAACUAUGCACAAUACAAAUUGAUGUACUGAAGAAUGAAACUCAUGUACCGAAAACUGGAAAAGUAGACUCAUUGGAAAAUGAAAUACUGAAGGUCGAACUGAAAUCCUUAAAAGCUGAAUUAACUGGAAGUAGCAGCAGGAAUACUUAUUUGGAUAAAGAAAUUUAUGCCCUUCAGAUGGUUAAUGAUAAUUUUGAGAAGGAAUUAUCAUCACUAAUUGAUGAGAAUGCAAAACUAAACCAAGAAGUAACACGUUUGGAAAACUAUGUUUCUCAACUGUCUGAAAGAAGCAAACAUAAUGAAAUCAUGGAUGGAACACCUAUGUCGCGAACAGAAAAACACAAGGCAAUCAGAGAAGAAGUAGAAUUUCCCGAUACACUAAAAUUCAUGAAGAAAAUUGAACCAUAUAAGAAGAAACGAACCAUGCUUUGCCUGGAUUUGGACAACACUUGCAAUGGUUCUAGAAAUGGGGUUGCAGUGAGUGAUGAAGGGGAAAUACUGAAAGAUGAUGGAAGUGGUAUUGCCGAGGAUAAAGCUGAUAAGGAAGCUGAUAAAUCAGAUGGAAACAACCUGGUAGAUGAAACCACACCCAAGGAUUAUUUGCCAGCUUUUGCAGAAGUAACUACAAGUGUGGUGGUACCAUGA